UUGAAUAUGAGUCGACCUCUAUGUGUAUUAUAAACAUGUAUACAUAUAUUCAAUUGUUAAAUAUAGUAUAGCAAAUAGCAAAUAGUAUUCCAAGCACGUGUUGUUGAUAACUGCAAUAAUGAGUUUUUCAGUAUUCAACUCAAAUAUAAUUUUGUGUAGUGCUGAUAAUGUUAUAUCAUAUGAUUACAAAACAAAAAGUGAAUUAUCAUUUGAACUUCCAAAAUUAAUAAUCAGUGAUAAUCUUAAGCUUCAUAACAAUCUUGAUAUUGAAGCAUGUCACGGUAUAACCUCAAUAACAUUUUCAUCUGAUGGACAAUAUUAUUGUGUUUGUACAAAUCGCAAGCAAUUGUGUCUUUACAAACGUAAAGAUAAUACUCUUGUAUCAAAUAGAACACUAGUAAGAGCAGCAAGUAAAGUUCAAUUUACUCCAAAAAAUGAUGUAGUAGUUGCUGAUAAAUCUGGUGAUGUUUAUCUAUACCAUACCUCCAAUUAUGCUAAUGAAGGACAACUGAUACUCGGACAUUUAUCAAUGCUACUUGAUGUUCUGGUUACUUCUAAUAAUGAUUUUAUUAUUACGGCUGAUCGAGAUGAAAAAAUUCGAGUAUCUAAAUUUCCAAAUGCUUAUAACAUUCAUUCAUAUUGUUUAGGACAUACUAAAUUUGUAAAUAAUAUUAUUGAAUUACCUCAUGAUAUUAAUAUUUUAGUAUCUGCUGGCGGAGAUGGAGUUUUUAAAUUUUGGGAUUUCAAAAAUGGAGUUGAAUUGAAUUCCGUUAGUUAUAAAGACAAAAUAAACGAAGACGACGUUAGUAAAUUGAAUGAAAAUUUACGUAAUUUGGAAUUAACUGAAGUAGUUGAUAAUUUACCAGUUAAACAUAUGAGAAUUAUGAAAGUUGAUGAUAAUUAUUCUAUUUUAAUCCUUAGUUUUUAUGGCAAUGGUAAUAUUAUUAUUUAUCAUGUCACUGGGACGCUAUCCAGUGGAUUAAAUGUUAAUUUUAAACAAAAAAUUUACGAAAAGGAUGAACCGUUGGAAUGUAUCUUACAAGAACAUCAAAUGUGGUUAUUAUUCGAUGAUGGAUUAAAAAUAUUUAAACUUAAAGAUGAAAUUUUUAUUGAAAAUACAGAAAUGAAUGACAAUCUUAAAGCAUUAAAUGAAUCAUGGAGUUUAUUGAGAAGUAAAGUAAUCAAUAAAUUAAAUUUAUAUCCUAUUCUUUAUAAAAGGAAAUUCGAUACUGUUCAAGAAUAUCAAGAAAGAAAAAAAAGUCGAUUAACAACUAUAGUUGAUUAA